AUGGUUUCCUCUGCCUCUUGCUUCGCCCUUUUGGGCCUCGGCGCGUCUGCAGUGAACGCCAUUCCCAAGGCCAACUACCUCAUCCCGCACCCUCCAGAGACGUUCACCCUCACGACCUGCGGCUCCCAGUGCGCCAGGACCGUGACCGUGACCGAGACCUUCACAGAAACGGCUCCGUACUUUUAUACUUGUGGGCCGCCAAGCAGCCCUGCGACCACGAGCACUGUCGACUCCUUGACUCUGUCGGCGACCAUCCUUCUUCCUCCUCUGUCCACGGCCAGAAGCAUCACCAACUCGACCACUCGAGUGACACCCAGCUCUUCGACUCGGUCUCCUUCAGGCACCGGCAUCAUCCCGACUUUGACUUCUUUCACCAAGACGUCCACGCCCACGCCCGGGUUCACUGUGUCUUCCCAGUUACCCAGUGCCGUGUCUCCCAGCUCAUCUGCAUGGGGCGUGAACAGCACCUCAUCUCGCAUCAGCUCCCGAUCUGACGGAUAUGCCACCGGCACCGGCAGCCCCGGAACGAGCGUCUCGAGCGGCAGGGCCGUCCCGUCCUCCAGCCUCUGGAGUAACAGCACGGAGCCCAUCACGCGCACCGUCACGCGCACCGUCCGGAAGUCCAGCAGCGGCUCCUCCACGAAGGCCAGGGUGACGAUCCCCACGAUCCCCAUUAUCAGCAUCCCUCCCCCGCCCGUCACGUCGACCGGGUCCGAGCCUGCUACCUCCCCCGGGCUCUCGUACUCUCUCACCACCUACACCACCGUCCGGGUCAUCAACACAACCGUCUCGUCCCAGCUGCCCGGCUUGUCCACGCUGUCGCGCUCCGCCUCCCGCACGACGCUGAGGACCACCGUCGUGGUGACCAUCACGAACACGAUCCCCCUCGGCACCGGCACCGCGAACUCGUCAACAAGCAGCGGCACGGGUGUCUCCAGCAGGUUCCCCGCGCUGUCGUCGAGCAGCUCGAUCCGUCUCUCGAACUCGCUCAGCUACGGGACAACUACUACCAAGGCUACCUCUUCCACCGUCAGCUCCAAGGUGCCAUGCUCGACGAGCACCAAGACAGCCCCGAAGCUCUCUACAUCCUCUAAUACGCCAGGGACUACCGUCUCGAGCGCCCUGGCCAGCUUGGUCACUCCCACAGGCACGGCCAAGACCCGUACCAUUCCUGGUGCAUACGAUAGUUCCCUCUAUUCCUCUUCCUCCUCCUCUUCCGCCGGAACCACGGUAGAGAGCGCCAAACCGUCUCUCGUCACGGGCACCACCUCUGGUAUCCCGGGAGCCUACGAAUCCGAGUUGCUGACCUUGACGCCCGGGACCACCGUCUCCGACGUCUUGCCGACCCUCAUCACGCCCACGCUUUCACUCCCCACCCUCUCUCCUGGCUAUGGAGAAUACCCUCCCGUCUCUGAGGAGCCGACCUCGACUGGCAGCCCGGGCACCACGGUCGCCAGUGCGCUGCCGUCCCUGGUGACGCCGACCACGCUCGAGACGCGCACGUCGGAUGCGUAUGUCUCGCCCUCCGUUUACACUAGCUACAACUACGGCCAGACACUUUGA